GCGGCGAUUUCCAGACACUUCCAGCCCCGUUCCCCCGCCCGCCCCCCGCCCCGCGGCGGAUAAAGCGGCGGGGCCGCGCUCCCCGCCCGGCACUCGGCGCAUGGCCCGGCCGCACCAUGAGCGCCGCCGCUCACUCCCCGCUGCUCCAAACCGAGGGCGGCUCCGACCCGCUGCCCCCCGGCUGGGAGAUCAAGGUGGACCCCCAGACCGGCUGGCCUUUCUUCGUGGACCACAACAGCCGCACCACCACCUGGAACGACCCCCGCCGCCGGGGGGAGGCGGCCAAGGAUGGCCAGUCGUCGGCAAACGGUCCGUCUCGCGAUAGUCCCAAGCAGCUGCCAGCACGAGAAGGCAAUGUGGUGUACCCCAAGCUCCGGGCUGGCUACAUCCCCAUCCCGGUCAUCCACGAGGGCAUCGACGGCAGGCAGCAGCACCCCUGCUUCUCCGCUCAGCAGCCUGGCGCGCAGCGAUUCAAGACAGAGGCUGUGCCCACCGCGGCGCAGGCGCAGACACCGCUAAGGGGGGCCUACGCCGGCCCCGAGUCCCCUCCAAGGGGACCGGCCGAGGCUUCUCAGGCAGAUAAACAAUGUGGACAGACAACGGCAGCUGCAGCAGCCCAAGCUCCGGCCACACACGGACCUGAGCCUCAGUCUCCUGGAGCUCCUGAUUCUCCAACGGUUUCCUCUCAGUCGUCUGGCAGAUCCAACGCAGGAAGCCAUCAGCUUCCUCGUGGUUAUAUUUCAAUUCCUGUGAUCCACGAAAAUAUCCAAAGGCAACCAUCGCAAGUCUACCAUCAGGCCCAGAAGACACACUACCCUGCCCAGCAAAGUGAAUACCAAGCCCACCAACCAGUGUUUCACAAAAUUCAACCAGAUGACAGGGAGCCUAAGACAACACGAGCGCAGUCUCCAUUCAGAGUGUCUCAGAGAGGUUCAUCAAGCCGUGAAAGUUCUCCUGCCAGAGUUACCACCCAGAUACAGUCCCCAGCUCCCAUCAGAGUACAGACAGUUGUAGACAGACCCCAGGUUUCUCAGCAGCAAGCCCCACCUCAAGAGCUACCAAGACCAUCUCCACCACCUGAAAUCAAAAUGGAAACCAAGGCAGUCCCACCACCCGAACCCGAGGUGCCUUCAUCAUAUAUCCCAAUUCAGGUCACCCACCAAGAACCAGAUUCUAAAGUACCACCCCAGAAGCCUCCAGUUGUGGCAGAGAAAGCUGAUAAAAAGGUUCCCUGCCCAGCUAAGGUUGUUCCCCCGCAGGAAAGGCCUGCUCCUGAAGAAGCUGCACCACCGAAGACAAUGGAAACAGGAGAACCUCAAAAGCAUCCUGGUGUUUUGAAAGUGGAGGCAAUUCUGGAGAAAGUACAAAUGCUUGAGCAGGCAGUCGACUCCUUUGAAGGCAAGAAAACUGACAAAAAGUACUUGAUGAUUGAAGAGUAUUUGACCAAAGAGUUGCUAGCCCUAGACUCAGUGGACCCCGAGGGUCGUGCGGAUGUGCGCCAGGCCAGGAGAGAUGGUGUAAGGAAGGUCCAGAACAUUUUGGAAAGACUUGAACAGAAAGCAGAAGAUGUCCCAGAACCAGUUCAAAUUGAUGGACUUCAACCUACCUUGCCGGAGCCUAAGCCACCACAGGAAAUCAUGGAGAUUGAACCUGUGGUAGUCAAGAGCAAGGGAGAUACCAGUAAUAAAGAUGGUAAAGAGCAAACCGAAAUGGAAAGGCAUCUGCCCGAGACAAAGGAAGAAGUGUUUACCAGUCUGGCCACCACGACAAACACACCUAAUAAUCCAACCGAACCCUAGUCACCUGCUGAAAUUAAAAAAAUCUCUCAAGACUUUAUAACUUAAAGUGUGUUUAAGUGAAUUUUAAGUUGCAUGCAUUUCCAGAGCUCUUUUCAACUGGUUUUUAAUCAACAUAGCAGCUUGGGACACAGUAAACACUUUGUGGGGGAAGGAGGGAGUUAGAAAGAAAUGCAUUUAUCCUUUAUUCUUACACUAUGUAAAAGACAUGUCUCAAAAAUAAACCCUGUAAAUUACUCUUUUAGGUCAGCUGAGUUGGGGGGGAGGAGGGGAACAAAAAAAGGAAUGACUUCAGGGUUAAUAUUGAUGCAUGUUGGUUAGGGUGUAUUCUUCUGCAGGUGAUUUUUGUAAAAUCAGUGGCCUGCAUUGUCAGAAUACCAGUCCUUCUAUAAGUGUAGCCACUCUAACAGUAAUGUUUUUAUUUUUAAUGUUCACAGUUGGGCACUUUAAUGAUGGAUAGAAAGUGUGUAAGAAGCUGUAGGGAUAUUUAUGUGUGCAGGACUUCAAUGCUAUAUUUUAAGAGGGAAAUAAAAUACUAUAGAAGCCUAA